GGACGCUCGGGUAUAAAUACGAGACAAUCACCCAAUAGCGUGAGGUGUUGGCGUAGGAGUAAUAGCCCCCAGUGAGGGUCCCUUUAGUUUUUAAUUUUUUUGGAGUUUUUGGUUUCGUUUUCUUUCUCCUUUCCUUAAUGUUAAUGUAAUGCUGGCCUGAACGAGUGUUCCAUGGCAUGCUUAGAAAUGUACAACCAAAACAACAACGAACACAACAAACACCUUGGGGGCGCUCCUCCACUUAUCAGCCCCAGAAUCUCUUUCUCCAAUGACUUCGUCCUUGAUUCCUCUUCUUCCUCCUCUUCCUCUGUUUCUCAUCCCCAUUUCAGGUCUUAUAGGGAUGCACCCGUUUCUUCAGACUUUGAGUUUUCUGUGUCCAAUUACUCAAUGAUGAGUGCUGAUGAGCUUUUCUCACAGGGAAAGCUCUUGCCUUUAAAAGAAAAUUGCACUAGUAGUACUCAUCCGUUCCAGAGGACUACUACUACUACUACUACUACACUCAGGGAUGAGCUUAUGAAUGGAGAUGACAACGAUGCUGAUUUUUCCUUAAGGCCACCGAAGAGUUCGACUAGGUGGAAAGGUUUUUUAGGACUGAAGAAAUCUCACAUUGGAUCCAGAAAGAUUGAAAGAGGUGAAGGGUCGGAUUUGAAGAGGUCUUCUUUCCUUCAUGAAGAUGGUCACUCUGGAAAGCCUUCCCAGGAUAUGAUGAUGAAUGAUGGUGGGUCGGGUUCCAAGAUGAAUCAAGAUCAGUUCCGGUUCUAGCAGAAGAUGAUUUAUGAGUAUCUGUGUGAAAAUGGCGGGUUUAAGAAGUAUCUACUUGUCAAGUUAGCUGGUAUUAUUAUUGGUUAGUAGUAAGUGUUUUUUGUGGGGUGGAAAUGAAAUCACCCCUGUUCAAGUUGUGUAGGUUUCUGGAAGCUGCAAAAAAAAAUUUGUAGUAAAAUUUUUAGUGGGGAUUGGAUUAACAUUUUGAUUGGCACAAGUAGUUUUGUUCUUGUUUUGUAUGCUCUUUUUUUUUUUUUUUUUAUUCAUCUUUCUUCUAUCAUCAUUUCUUGAAGAAGAUAAGAUGGAUGAUGUUUUCAGGGUUGGUCUGUGUUUUUUUCCUGUACAGAAAAAAAAAAAGAAGUAUUUGCAGUUGAUGAAGAAGAAAAAGAGUGCUUUUUAGUUUUUAUUUUCCAUUUUUCCUCUGUUUUUGACAUCUUUCCCUCUUUGCUCCAACUUCUUCAGCCAAAGUACCUCAUUAUUAGUUCAAUUGAGUAAAACUAAUCAGAAUUUCAUAAAAGGUGUUUAAAUUAUUGGUUUACCAGAAACUGGGAGCUGCCAAAAAUGAUGAUGAGAUGAGGGGAAAAACACAAGUACAAAUGCAGUGUUGUUGUUGCAAGCUGCAAAAAGAGCAGAAGGAAGGAAAAGGAAGGAGUGUGUGACUGUAUGCAUGUGUGGUCAAACAUGACAGCUAAGCCAUAGCUGGUUGGUGUGUGUAUGACUGUGAGCAUCAUAAAUUUUUAGUACCACCACCAACUAGCGUUUCUUUCACUCCCACAAAAUUUUUACUAGUAAGUACAUUAGUUAGAAAUAAAUAUGACAAAAUGCAAAUUGGGGGCGGGGGUAUUUACUCCUGUCCUUAACAUAAGACAUUUUAAUUUAUUUUAAGUUUUAUUUAGGAUGUAUUAAUCGAUAAAAAAAUUUUAAAAAUAUAUUUUCAUAUUUGUUGUAUUUUUUUAAUUGUUAGAAAAUAUUUUUAAAAUUUUUUUGUCAAUUAACA